AUGGCCGGCGACCACGACGACACGUACCAUCCCAAGGAUGCCAUCAAGACCGCCAUCAAGUCCAGCGUCGCUCUUGGCGGUGCCGGUUUCUUCUUGGCCGCCAUCACCAACGCCCUUCAGAAGCAGAAUGUCGGCGCCAUGUCCGUCUUCACCCGCAGCGGAGGCAUCAUUGCCGUCAUGACUCUCGGCGGCGGCGCGUACGGCUUCACCCAGACUGCCAUGGCCAACCUGAGGGAAAAGGAUGAUGCGUGGAACAGCGCAACCGCCGGUUUCUUCGCCGGUUCUAUCCUUGGAUUGACGACCAAGAGAAUGCCCAUCGUGCUCGGCCUCGGCGCCGGCUUCGCCGCCUGGCAGGGAGUCUUCGCCCUCACCGGAGGACGCCUCUGGAUCAACCGGGCCGAUAGACCAGACGAGGAGGAGUUUGACAGCAAGAUGGCCAUGCGCGCGGCUAGGCGACGCCCGAUCGAGGAGACGAUUGCAGAGAUUGGCGAGGGCAGAGGAAUCCGCCCACCCGGCUACGAGGAGCGCAGACGCGAAAGGCUCAAGGAGAAGUACGGAGUCGAGAUCAACCCCGUCAAGGCGACAGUCGAGUAA